CAGAAACACCUACUCACACCUGCAGUGCAAAGGAGGUCUGAACAUGCAAUGGUCUUCUGCAUUCUCACUUUUCCGAUGAAUUAACACUGUGGUCGUGAAACAUUUCAGAGCCAGUGUUACACCUAUGACUAUAAAAACAAACAAUUGCGCCUGCACUUUCACUCACAUGUACACACAGGAUGCACGUCUGUCCCGCUGUGACCUGUUUUUUAUGAUUACUAAAUAUGGUGCUAAUGUGGUCGAUAGUCACUUCUGAUGACCAUCUUUAGAAAAACAAGAAAACCACAAACUGUUUUCACACAUGCAGCACUACAAAAAACAAACUUAAUUCACAUACUGCGAUCUUAUGUAUGCAUUACUGUAUGUGUAGUCCAUUAAUUAUUACAAACAUUAGAGGUAUAAAAUAUAUAACCUUUAAAGAGAAUGUAGGUAGUAUUUUCAUUGUCAGUUUUUAUUUCAAAGUACUAAAAAUUACAAAAUGAUUUACACUUAAACUUUAGACCAUUUAGGUUCAUAUACAUAAGAUUUUGCCAUCAUUAAAUAUUGCAUGCACUUAUAUGUAUUGCGGACCUUUGAUAUAAUCUAUUAUGACUUAAAAAGGCUAAUUACUUUUUGUAAGUUAAAAUGGGAGUUCUGUAAUUAUCUAUGUUUCAUUGAAAAUCUGGAGACUGACGUAAUUAAAAUGUGAUAUGAAACACUGAUGCCUUCACAAACUAAUCUUGCUGCCUUUACAUUUGACCACGUCUUUUAUUACAGACAAUACAGUGACAGAGUCACUGAUCCUUACCCAAUAUCUUUAGUAACACUUUUGCUUCAAUUUUGGAGUGGAGUGAGAGAUACCAGACUGAAUUCAACCAAUCACAGUCUUGGUUUGAAAGUGUCCAAUCACAUCCCAUGCAAGUCUUCUAAAAAGCAUUAUACACAUUCAUUGCUUCAAACAUGAUCAUUUGGGCCAUUCUGAUCUUUUGUGCAACUGGAGGUCGACCUGAUAACAGUAGUGAAAUUGUCUCAUUACGAACAUUCCAGCUGGGAGAUGAUGUUACAUUCAAAUGUUUCCUGACAAAAAACUAUUUUGGCAGCACAAUGGUUUGGUAUAAACAGAGAACUGAUCAGAUUCCUCGUCUUAUUGUAUUAUCAUACAAUAUUGGGAGAGAUAUCCAAUUUGAGAAUGAAGUUAAAAAUGGGAGAUUCAAUAUUUCAGCAAGUGAAGAUUCUUUUCACCUCAACAUCAAAGCUACAACCAAGGAGGACAUCGGAAAAUACUACUGCGGGACAGUUUUCUUGAAUAAAAUAGAAUUUAUUUCUGGAGCACAUCUGAUACUUAAAGGAACUGAGACCAAACACCUUAAUGUGGGAUGUGAGGAGAAAGAAGUUGUGGAUAGAACCACUUUCAAAAAUACUGAUAACAGUAAUCCAGAAGUAUGGGGUCCUGUGUUACUUUGCUUGAUAUCCUGCAAUGUUGUGCUUGUGAUGGUAAUAAUCAUACUUUUGGCCCAUUAUUAUAAAAACUGGAGAAAAAGGCAAAAAGGAUCUAAAAAUGUAGCAUCUCCAUCAUCUGAGAUUGGAGAUUUAGAUGUGAAUUACGCGGCUGUGAAUUUUGCCUCUGUCCCUCCGGCCAGAAGAUCAAACAACAGACAUCUAACUGAAUACAAUGAAGUGAUCUACAAGCCAAGAGAUCACAUGCUUUAACAGAGUUUCUUCACAAAAUGGUUUUGACUUGCUGUUAAAAAAGUAGAUAUUGAACUAUAUUGCUAAAAGCAUAAAUUACUGCAAAUAUAAUACAUAUUAUACUCAAAAAUACACUUCUUUCUUUUCUUUUUAGUUCUGUGGCUUGCAAUUUAGAAAAACUUUGUGCCUGUUAAUGCUGAUCAAUUACAUGAAAGAUACUAAAAAGUUAUAAACAACAGUAGAAUCUGUUUAAACAACAUAGUGCACAUAUUUAGUUGAAGACAAAAAUUAUAUUUAUGAAAUAUACCAUAACAGUGACUACUGUACUUGUGAUUUUUUUUGUAUAAAAAUAGAAUUAGAAUGAAUUUAGAUACUAAUUAAACACUGUUGCUUAAAGUUGUCUUGUGUUUGAUGCGGAAUAAAGAAAAUAGUUUAACAUUGUUUUAAGUUUGUACAAUUAUUAAUUCAUCAACUCAUUCAUCACAAGACUUGUAUUGGCAAAUUACUUCUUCUCACCAGUUAUUCCCCAUGGUUUUAGAGGACAAUUACUCCUCGUGGCCCCCUGUAAUUUCAAAGAAUAAUACAAAUAAAAGCCUCGUCCAUUUGAGAAGGUGUGCACGCAGUCAGCCUCACGUAUACCUGCUGCUUCAAUGGUUUGUGUUAAAAAUCUCAGUUUGGGUUCUACUGAAGAAACAAAGUCACCUAAUCAAAUCAAAGUCAAAUUUUCAUUUUUGGGUGAACAAUCCCUUUAAAGCUUGUUGUAAGAAGAAUAGAAACAGUUUCUUUUAAGACAAAAUAAGUUGUGGUUAUAUUGAAUAUAAGAAAUAAAAUA